ACCCCGCCACCUGCCAUGAAUAAUUCCCGAAAUUUCACAUAAUUUUUAAUUUUAUAUUUUAUUUUCACACUUAAUUAAUUUAACUUCCAUUUUGGUUCCUUCACUUCCCAUAUCGCGUAUAAAUCCCAUAGCGACAACAGCAUAAAGCCUCACCGACCAAGCAUCUCAGAGUUGCAAUCUUGUCUUGCCAUUCUGCAGGACAAGUUCAAGCUUUUGGGUCGGUUCUUUGGUGAUUCGGCGGCAAUGGAGAAUCCGGCGAAGAGGGUUUUGCUCACUUCUAGUGGCGACGAUGUCUCGAUCAGUCUCGCCCUGCAUUUGGCCAACCGAGGCUGCAGAUUGGUUUUGAUGGGAGAUGGGGGAGUGCUGAGGAGCAUCAUCAGAGACCGGUUCGUUGGCUCCAUGGGUGUUUUUAGCACUGUUGAGGUGGUCGGUUUGGACAUGGAGGAGGACAGUGAGGCCGUAUUUGAGGAAGCUGUUGAUAAGGCGUGGAAUUUCUUCGGGGGUUUGGAUGCUUUUGUGAAUUGCUACACCUACGAAGGGAAGAUUCAAGACCCUUUACAAGUGGAAGAAGGCGAGUUCAAAAAGAUGGUUAAAAUAAAUUUUACAUCAGCGUGGUCUCUUUUGAGGGCAGUCAGUCGGAGAAUGCGGGACAACAAGUCCGGAGGCUCCAUUGUGUUCUUGACAACGAUAAUCGGGGGGGAGAGGGGGCUCUAUCCUGGAGCUGCUAUAUAUGGCUCUUGUUUGGCAGGAGUAGAGCAGCUAGUUCGUGCUACGGCGAUGGACAUCGGGAAGUACAAAAUCAGGGUUAAUGCGAUUGCUCGGGGCCUGCACCUGGCAGAUGAGUACCCGAAGGCAGUAGGCCGGGACAGGGCAAAAAGCCUGGUGAAGGAUGUGGCUCCACUCAAUAGAUGGCUUAAUCCUAAGAACGACCUAGCCUCGACUGUGAUUUACUUGAUCAGUGAUGGAUCUCAGUUCAUGACUGGGACAACUACAUAUGUCGACGGGGCACAAUCCAUAGUGAGGCCUCGGAUGCGAUCUUUUAUGUAGCUCGAGUACUUCAUUCAUGUAUAUAGAUAGGAAAAAUUGGGGGGAAGUAAUUAGAGGCAGCUGUGAAGGUAUCCUCGAAUAAGAGAGGGUGAAGACAAUUGAAGGAGGAAAAGACUUGCUCUCAUGUCAACUGGAAAUCUUCUAUUCAUUGAGAUUGAGAAAUUGUUACAUUUA